CUGCAGAGCGACACUCAGACAGGUCAGAGUCAGGUUGGAGGAUGAGAAGGACUGUGCUGUGGCUGGUGGCCUCUGUGGUCUUGGUCUCUCUAACUUCUCUGGCUGAUGGAGCUCCGCUGCAGGUGAUGACCGCCCCCAACUUGUUGCGGGUAGGAACAGCAGAAAACAUCUUUGUGGAGUGCCAAGACUGCACUGAUACAAACAUCAGGGUCGAAAUCAUCGUGCAGAACCAUCCAACUAAAACCACAAGGCUAGCAUCUACAGUUGUGACGCUUACCAGUGCAAAUAAACUCCAGGCGCUCGGACAAAUAACGAUCCCCGUUGGAGACUUCAGUAAAGAUCCCAACACGAAGCAGUAUGUGUACUUGCAAGCUCAGUUCCCUGACCGACUGCUGGAGAAAGUCGUCUUGGUGUCCUUCCAAUCCGGCUACAUCUUCAUCCAGACCGACAAAACAAUCUACACUCCCGACAGCAAAGUUCAUUACAGGAUGUUUGGAUUGACGCCCAGCAUGGAGCCUGUAGAGAGGGAUGACGCAACCCGAACUGAUGCUUCUAUUGUCAUUGAGAUUGUGACCCCUGAAGGCAUCAUUUUACCACUUGAUCCAGUGUCUCUGGAUUCAGGGAUCCACUCUGGACAUUACCAUCUUGCUCCAAUUGUAAGUCCCGGACUGUGGAAGGUGGUGGCAAAGUUCCACAGCAAUCCACAGCAGAGCUAUUCUGCAGAGUUUGAGGUCAAAGAAUACGUGCUGCCCAGUUUUGAGGUUACUCUGACGCCUGUAAGCUCCUUCUUCUACGUUGACAGCCCAGAGCUCACCGUCGACAUCAAAGCUACAUACCUAUUUGGUGAAGAGGUGGAAGGGACGGCUUAUGUGGUGUUUGGGGUUAUGCACGAUGGUCAAAAGAAAAGCUUCCCAUCUUCUCUUCAGAGAGUGCCGAUCAAGGCAGGUAAAGGAGAGGUCAACCUGAAGAAAGAGCACAUCACACAGACCUUCCCAGACAUCAACAACCUGGUUGGGAAAUCCAUAUUUGUAGCUGUCAGUGUGUUGACGGAGAGCGGUAGUGAAAUGGUGGAGGCAGAGUUGAGAACUAUCCAGAUCGUCAGAUCACCGUACACCAUUCACUUCACCAAAACACCCAAAUAUUUCAAACCAGGAAUGUCCUUCGAUGCUGUGGUUGAAGUUGUGAAUCCUGAUGGGACUCCAGCAAAAGGUGUUGGAGUGGUGGUCGAACCAGGCAAUGUGGAGGGCCUGACCGAAGACAAUGGCAUGGCAAGGCUCACCAUCAAUACCGUGGCAGGGAACUCAAGACUAACUAUCACUGCAAGGACCAACGAUCCUGAAAUUUUACGUGAAAGACAAGCAUCAGCCACCAUGGUAGCUCUCCCAUAUACCACCAAAGGCAACAACUACAUCCACAUAGGUGUGGAUACCGCAGAGCUGAAAUUAGGAGAAAACCUGAAAGUCAACCUCAUCCUCAACAGACAGGAAAAUCUCAACAGUGACAUCACAUACCUGAUCCUGAGCCGAGGUCAGCUGGUGAAAAAUGGCCGUUUCAAGUCAAGCGGCCAAGUACUGAUUUCCCUGACAGUCACUGUUACCAGAGAAAUGCUGCCAUCGUUUCGCAUCAUUGCCUACUAUCAUACAAAUAGCAAUGAAGUGGUGUCAGACUCAGUUUGGGUGGAUGUGAAGGACUCCUGCAUGGGCUCGCUGAAACUGGAAUCAUUGAGAGCCGCUCCGUCCUAUGAGCCUCGCAGGAUGUUUGGUCUGAAGGUCACUGGAGACCCAGGGUCCACAGUGGGACUGGUGGCAGUUGACAAAGGAGUCUUCGUCCUAAACAAAAAGCAUCGUCUCACCCAGAAAAAGGUGUGGGAUAUUGUAGAGAAGUAUGACACAGGCUGCACACCAGGUGGAGGGAAGGACGGUAUGGGUGUGUUUUACGAUGCUGGGCUGUUGUUUGAGUCAAGCACGGCUUCUGGGACUCCCUACAGACAAGAAUUGAAGUGUCCAUCCACGAGCAGAAAGAAACGGAGCACUACUAUAAUGGAGGUCAGGACCACCUUAGCAAGUCAAUAUGAAGACCAACUGGAACAUGACUGUUGUUUGGAUGGCAUGAUAGAAACCCCCCUCUCAUACUCCUGUGAGAGACGCUCAGAGUACAUCAGUGAUGGUGCAGCCUGUGUUGCAGCCUUCAUACACUGCUGCAAGGAGAUGGAAAGCCAGCGAGCUGAGAGGAAGGAGGAUAUUCUCCUGCUUGCUCGCAGUGAGGAAGAUGACAGUUACAUGGACAGCAAUGAAAUUGUGUCUCGCACAAAGUUUCCUGAAAGUUGGUUGUGGUCAGAUAUCACGCUGCCGGCUUGUCCUCGGGAAAAACCUAACUGUGACACCACAUCAUGGUCGAAAAAUAUUCCUUUGCAAGACUCAAUCACAACCUGGCAGUUCAUUGGCAUCAGUCUGUCAAGAACUCAAGGAAUCUGUGUCGCUGAGCCCUUAGAGGUAAUUGUCCGCAAGGAAUUCUUCAUCGAUCUCAGGCUGCCGUACUCUGCUGUUCGUGGAGAGCAGCUAGAAGUAAAGGCAAUCCUCCACAACUACAGCCCAGAUCCUAUCACCGUGCGUGUGGAUCUGAUUGAGAAGGAGCAUGUGUGCAGUUCAGCUUCUAAACGUGGAAAGUAUCGUCAGGAAGUCAACAUUGGGCCCCAAACUACACGAUCUGUACCUUACGUCAUUAUUCCCAUGAAAGAUGGACAAUACCCCGUUGAGGUCAAAGCAGCCGUUAAAGAUUCGUCGCUCAAUGAUGGAAUCAUGAAGAUGCUGCUGGUGGUGCCUGAAGGUGUACUGGUUAAACAUCCUCAGAUUAUAACUCUAGACCCCACUAAUAAAGGUGUAGGUGGUAAACAAGAAGAAACUCUCAACAGUGGAAUUCCUAAGAAAGAUUUGGCUCCAAACACACCUACCAGCACACAGAUCUCUGUGACAGGGAGAGAACAAGUUUCUGCACUGGUGGAGCACGCCAUUAGUGGGAACUCUAUGGGUAGUCUGAUCAUCUUGCCCUCAGGCUGUGGAGAGCAGAACAUUGCCAGCAUGACCCUUCCGGUCAUUGCAGCCACAUAUUUGGACAAAACCAACCAGUGGGAAGCUGUGGGCUUUCAAAAACGUAAUGAAGCCCUACAAAACAUAAAGACCGGCUACCUGAAUGAGCUGGCCUAUCGUAAAACUGAUGGGUCUUUUGGUGUGUUUACUCAUUCCAAAGGUAGCACCUGGCUGACAGCAUAUGUUGCCAAGGUGUUUGCCAUGGCCAGCAAUCUGGUGGCGGUGCAAAGGGAAUAUAUCUGUGAAGCCAUCAAGUUUCUGAUUCUCAAUGCCCAGCAACCUGACGGCUUGUUUAGAGAGAUUGGAUAUGUGUACAGUCACGCUAUGCGUGGUGAUGUGGAAGGCAGAGAUUCAGAUGUCUCCAUGACGGCCUUCUGCCUCAUUGCCAUGCAAGAGUCACGUGCACAAUGUGAAGCCACUGUCAGUAGUCUGCCAAGCAGUAUAAACAAAGCAGUGGCCUAUCUGGAAAGGCGUCUGCCCCAGCUCAGCUACUCAUAUGCCGUUGCCAUGACGUCAUAUGCCCUGGCUAAUGAAAACAAACUGAACCGUGAAAUCCUCUACAAGUUUAUAUCCCCAGAGUUGUCCCACUGGCCAGUAACUAAGGGGCACGAUUACACACUGGAGGCCACAGCUUACGCUCUUCUUGCUCUGGUCAAGGCCAAGCUUUUUGAAGAUGCCGGACCAGUUGUGAGAUGGUUCACUGGUCAGCAGAGGGUGUACGGGGGUUACGGAUCAACUCAGGCUACUAUAAUGGUGUACCAGGCUGUAGCAGAGUACUGGGCCAGUGCUAAAGAACCAGAGUAUGACCUGAAUGUGGACAUCUUGUUGCCAGGCAGGUCAAAGCCAGAAAAGUUCAACUUCAACAGGCUCAACCACUACGCCACAAGAACAUCUAAACUCAAUGAUAUAAACCAGGAUGUGAAAGUGACUGCCACGGGCUCAGGAGAAGCAACAGUGAAAAUGGUGUCGCUGUAUUAUGCUCUGCCUAAAGAAAAGGAGAGUGACUGUCAGAAGUUUAACCUGUCAGUGCAGCUCCUCCCAGAGAAAAUGGAAGAGGAUGAGAACAUAUACAGGCUGAGAAUAGAGGUUUUCUAUAAGGACAGAGAGAGCGAUGCAUCCAUGACAAUCUUGGAUAUUGGGUUGCUUACUGGCUUCACUCCCAACACAAAUGACCUGGACUUAUUGGCUAAAGGACGUGCCCGCACCAUUGCGAAAUAUGAGAUGAACACAGUCCUGUCAGAAAGAGGCUCACUCAUCAUCUACCUGGACAAGGUUUCUCACACAAGACCCGAGGAGAUCAGUUUUAGGAUCAAUCAGAAGCUGAAAGUGGGAGUCUUACAACCAGCUGCCGUGUCUGUCUAUGAAUACUAUGACCAAAGACAUUGUGUGAAAUUCUACCAUCCAGAGAGGAAAGCUGGACAGCUACUGCGGCUCUGUAGAAAUGAUGAAUGCACGUGUGCAGAAGAGAACUGCAGUAUGCAGAAGAAGGAAGAGGUCACCAAUGAUCAGCGAACAGCUAAGGCCUGUGAGAGUACACCAACCAGCAAAAUAGAUUUUGUGUACAAAGUGAGGCUGGAAGGGUUUACAGACGGUUUGUCCACUGACAUUUACACAGCGAUGGUACUGGAAGUCAUUAAAGAAGGAAGUUAUGAUGUGGGUCCUGUGAAUAAAAUGCGCACAUUCCUGAGUUAUCCGCACUGCAGGGAUUCUUUAGAUUUGGCGACGGGCAAAACCUACCUCAUCAUGGGAACUUCCAAUGAUAUUCACAGAGAUGAAAAAGAACAAACGUAUCAGUAUGUACUUGGAGAGAGAACCUGGAUCGAGUACUGGCCCACAGAAGCAGAGUGUCAGAGUGAUGAACACAGACCGACCUGUUUGGGCAUGGAGGAGCUGGUUCAGCAGUACCAACUCUUUGGAUGUCAGCAGUAGUGAAACACAAGGAAAUAAAUCUUCUUUUUUAAAUGA